AGGCUUAUUAUGGACUUUUUAUACGUGGUAAACUCCAACCGAACGAAACGGUGUACCUCAGUUCUGGUACGAAUUACACGGUCUUAGCUGCCCUCAACAUCUUACAAAACAGCAACGUAAAAGUAUACGUUGGAGUGCAGAACGAAUCGCAAAGAAACUACUUACAAAAUAUGUACCCUAAGAUCCCCAAAGACAAUAUCGUCAACAGUCAGUUCGCAGAACAAGAAAUACUCGAGAAAACCAACGGAAAUGGUGUAAAUUUGAUCUUCAACACACUCGAGUCCACUCCAUUUAAACUACAGAGUUUCAUUCACACUGUGGCGGAAAGUGGACGUGUCGUAGAGUUUGAAAAACAAAAACAAGCGAUCGAAUCCAUUGGUAUAACCGGGAACCUGAAGAACAUUACAAUCAUAAAAAUGAACUUGAGGAGUCUGUUCCACGGGAAAUAUUCAUUACUCGAUAAACAGGAGCUCUACAAAUAUAUARCAAAUGGAAUCAAAACCGGUGAAGUACAGCCAUUGCCCACGACUGUGUACUCUUCUGACGAGAGUUUAUUAGAAGCUUUCGAAAAAACCGUAAGUUUCGACUAUUUUGGUAAAAUUGUAUUGAAAGUUCGCGAUGAAGAAUCAAAAAAAGUGGUCGUUCCGGCGCCCAAAAAAGUAUUGGCAGUACCGAAAACAUUUKUUGACCCAGAUAAGACUUAUGUCGUAAUCGGCGGUCUUAGCGACUUUGGUCUUCAAAUGGCCAACUUUUUGGUGACCAGAGGUGCGAAAAAAGUAGUAUUGGUGUCUAGCAGUGGAGUCCGUACCGGAUUCCAAUCGUUGUUCAUGCGUAGGUGGAAAGAAAAGAACAUCGAGGUUGCCAUUAUUGAAUACGAUACGACUAAGCCGGACGAAACCGAAGCGCUGUUGGAAGAAGCCAACCUAUUGGGACAGGUCGCCGGAAUAUUCCACGUGGAAGCUGUGUUACACAGCGUCUCAGCAUCGGAUUUGACUGUGGCAGAUUUCCGGUCAGYGUACAACCAAAAAGCCGCGUCCAUCAUCAAUCUCGACACGGCUUCCCGAAAACURUGUCCAAAUCUCAAAUACUUCUUCGUCUGGUCAUCGGCAACUUCUGGUCACGGAACAGCCGGCCAAGCUGACCACGGUUACACCGACUCGGCGUUAGGAAAGAUCUCUGAAGCUCGAAAAGCGGCCGGAUACCCAUCGGUAAUAGAUUUCAAAGUUUUUACUAACAUAAGRCGAACGCGUUUCGAGUUUACAAUAAUUACGUCCCGUCCAGUUUAAAAAUACAUUUAAAAU